UGUUUUCCACCAGGAACAGCGCGUCAUCUCGCUGGAUUGUGGGAUCAAGGCGGGCUGUGUGGGAAUGCUAGGGGUUUGACAGCUGAGUCACUUAGUCUCAGUACCCGGGCGGUGCCGGACAGACGUUGAUCCAGGAUUCACGGAGUAACGAUGGGAUACAGCGUGACCACAGGGGUGCUGGUGGCAGUGGGGGUGGCCGUCCUCUCCACAGUGGGCUACUUCGUGGGCAGCUACCUGCUGGGCAGGAAGAAGAAGGCGCCGGUGACCCUGCUUGACCCCAACGUCAAGUACCAGCUGAGGCUCAUUGACAAAGAGGUGAUCAGUCACGACACCAGGAAGUUCCGCUUCGCCCUCCCCACGCCGGACCACAUCCUGGGCCUCCCCGUCGGGAAGCAUGUGUAUCUAUCCGCUCGAAUUGAUGGCAACCUGGUGGUGCGUCCUUACACCCCCGUGUCCAGCGAUGAUGACAAGGGCUUUGUGGACCUGGUGGUGAAGAUCUACUUCAAGAAUGUCAACCCCAAGUUCCCGGAAGGAGGCAAGAUGUCUCAGUACCUGGAGAGUCUGCAGAUCAGAGACGUGGUGGACUUCAGAGGGCCAGGGGGCCUGCUGGAAUACCAGGGCCACGGUCAGUUUGCAGUGCAGCCAGAUAAGAAGUCCCAACCAGAUAUCAAGAACGCCAGCGCUGUGGGGCUGAUUGCCGGGGGCACAGGAAUCACCCCGAUGUUGCAGUUGAUCCGGGCCAUCAUGAAGGACCCCACUGACAAAACUGUCUGCCACCUGCUCUUCGCCAACCAGACGGAGAAGGACAUUCUGCUUCAGGACGAGCUGGAGGAGAUCCAGGUCCGACACCCAGAGCGCUUCAAGCUCUGGUUCACUGUGGACAGGGCUCCUGAAGUCUGGGACUUCAGCCAGGGCUUUAUCAGCGCCGACAUGAUCCAGCAGCACCUCCCCCCUCCCAGCGACGACACCCUGGUGCUGAUAUGCGGCCCGCCGCCCAUGAUCCAGUUCGCCUGCAACCCUAGCCUGGACAAGCUGGGUUACCGGCAAGCUCAGCGCUUCACCUACUAGACUCCGGGCCUCCACUAACCACAGCAGGGCAUUAAUCACAACACAUCUGUAAUGUUUACUGUUAAAAGGGCCUUUUUUUAAAGUAUGGAGAAAUGUGCCGGGGGGGAUUUUCACCUGUCGGAUGUUCUGUGGAUUUCCAAACUCUAGUUUGUGUUUUAAGCUGCAGCCAUCCUACCCAUCCCACCCCACCCCCCACCAUCUCUGCUGACUUUCUUCUGCUGUUCUGUCAUCUUUUUAGCUGGGUGGCGCCUGGCAUUAAGGGCAGCUCAAGCAGGGCGAAGCCUGCGCCUGUUGGUGAUGGGUCAUUUUUCUGUUUUAUCGUUUUUAAUAUUUAAUAUAGUUCUGCGAAACCUUUCUGCGAAACCGCUCUGCUCUGGGGCUUGAACCCAAAGGUCCAUGUGGUCAUUCAAAACGGAGGUCGUUUGGAGUUUCCCUGCAUCCUCUGUAGUGUUGCACGGGGAGCAGCGCAGAGGAGAGACUGGAAGGUUGGGUACUCAUUCACAAAAUUCUGCUUUGGAACAAGACCACUUCCCGACGCGACGCUAGAUGUUGAAAGGCACAUUUUUAGGAAUCUGAGAAGAGUACUGGCACACAAGUGUUUCUAGAUGGUGGGGCCCUCCUGUGGUGAGGUAUGAGAGAAUCACAGCCUCUUUCCUCUGAGUCAGAGCAGAUUCUUCAUCCCAGAGCUGUCGUGGUGUUUCCAGAAGCUUGUUCCAGUGAUCUGGAGAGGGUUUCGUAGUAAAAGCUCUGCAAACAUAUAUGCACCUGAAUUAAAUAAUACUGCCCAGAAAUGUGUGUCCUGCACUCAGGACACGGGUUUCUGCUUUAGUUAAAACUGGCACGGUGUCUUGGGCAUGAUGGACUGAAGGUCAGUAACGUCUGUCUGUACAUGUCUGAACUGCGCUGUGCUUGAGCUCUUUUUUUCCUUAGCACUGCAGUGUGAGCAAGGGAUCCUGUUGUGGAUGUGGCUCAUUAGAAGGUACACAGGUCAUGCUUGGAGUCGUUUCUCGAGGAGCGCAAAAGCAUGAUAGGCUUCUCAUCCUGCCAGCUGGACACUUUUUCUUAAAUUGUUUGCCGCCGCUCACAAAACAUGGGUCAGUACUAAGAAUGAGUGAUAGGAUGAGAAAAUGACACGCGCACUGAUGUUUUUUGUUGCUCUGGGUGGAUAAUAGUAAUCUACCUGCAUAAUUUACCUAAUGUGUAAGCCUCUCACUGAGCUCAGUGCUUUGACUAUCCCGUUUAUCGAUCGACUAUGCACCUUCUCUUCAGUUCCUUAAAACUGCUGUGUUAAUCCCACACAUUUUCAAAUCCUGGUGUUUCUGGAUGUUGGUUCUGUGCUGUCUGAGGUGUGGAACUACAGAAUAAAUGUUGUAAGGAUAUUUUUUUUUUAAAGAAACCAGCAGUUUCAUGAACACUGCGGUCACUAGUGAUUGAUCUGAGUGGCUCGCUGGCUUACUGGUAAAACUAGGUGGUAUAGUGCUUUUGGAAAUCUGUUUCAAUAGUAGUCGUGGCUCUAAUUUCUAAAACCGAUUGAGAUGGCAGCUAGGUGAUUGAUCUCAGCCUGGCAAUGGAAGCUGCCAUCAAGGCUGUGCCUCAGUGAUGACAAAGGUGCCUUUUGUUUUUCUGGUGUCAUGCCAUAAUAAAAUGUUUGAAUGCUCAAAUGUG